AUGGCCUCAACCGCCAAGGGUCGCGCCGGCGGCGCCCCCACCGCCGGCCUCACCGAGGAAGACAAGGCAGAGUGGUGGCUGCGCUUCAAUAACGGCGUCCCCGUUGAUGACGGCGACGACAGUGAGAGGAGGAGGAGAGAGGGUGCGGAGCGGAGGGCAACGUACGCUGUGGCCGGGUGCGAGGAGGUGGAAAUGCAGAUGGGGCCAGGCGACGGGAGGGCGGAGACCGUGGCGAGGGGCGUGAAGGCGGAGAUGGUCGCGCGCGGCGGCGGGAAGGCGGAGACGGAAGCCUCGGGCGUCGGCGGCAAGAGGCGGAGUAGCCCGCGUUUCGCUGAUCCUGCCGCCCUCGAUGGUAAUUGCGAGACCUACUUCGCGGAAUUAAUUCACAUCCCAAGGAGAUUUCAGGAGGCAACUCGCUCCAGCCUGCGGAGCUACCAUGGAGGAGGAGGAAGGCAGUCGCCAAGCGUACCAAGACUGAAUGUUGAUGGAACUGAGGUCCAGAACAACAUGAGCCAAGCUCAGAGUCCCCCUCCGGUGCUUAAGGGCCCUGAACGGGUCUAUCAGGAGAAUGAGAAUCUGAAGUUGCAGCUCACUUUGAAGACAACAGAGCUCAAACAGGAAGAGAUCCGUAGGCUCCAGUUAGAGUUGAUUAUAAAGUCUAAGGAGACUGAGUCCCUGCAGAAGCAGAUUGAAGAUCUGAAAGCUGAGAAUGAGCAGCUCAGAAAGAAUGUAAGCUUCCUACGCGAUUCUGUUUAA